AUGCAAGCUUCACUCAAGAGGCAUCGCCUUUCAAAUGUCAAGGGCAAAGGCGACGACUGGGAGAGCGAAGAACGUCGUUAUGAUUCUGGGACAUCAGAGGACGAAGUGGAUAUCUCCAAUGUCUUGGCUGGGAAAAAGAAGAGAAAGCUGAGUGCACCCUCCAGCAAGAAUAUGGCGGAGCAGGACGAAGACGAUGAUGAAGCGCUUGCGGACUUCAUCAAAGCGUCGGUAUCCAAGAGGAAUGUCAAACUCGGCACGGAGGUCGUCAAGCGCACGAAGGGCAAAACAAAGAUCGCGAAGGGUGAAGUGGGUGGAGGUAGCUUCCAAAGCAUGGGACUGCACCCAUGGAUACUACGGUCCCUUUCACUACAGGGCUUCCGCAUCCCUACUCCUAUCCAAAGGCUUUCCAUCCCAUCUCUUCUCUCCAAUCCUCCCAGAGACCUCGUCGGCAUGGCACGUACCGGCUCCGGCAAGUCGCUGGCAUACAUGAUACCGCUCAUCCAGCGCCUUGACGGCAUGCACUCCUCCACCUUUGGCGCACGCGCCCUGAUCCUGCUUCCGACCCGCGAACUGGCGCUGCAGAUUCUCCGAGUGGGGAAGGAACUCGCUCGUGGCCGCUUUGCAGGUGGCGGCGAACAUGCCGGCGACACCGCUGGUGAUGCCGAACAAUCCAAGAAGGGUCAAGGUCUGCGAUGGGCGCUGGUCGUGGGUGGUGAAGGCCUGGACGAACAGUUCGAGAUGAUGACGAACAACCCAGAUGUUAUUAUAGCUACGCCGGGUCGUUUGCUGCAUCUCAUUGUCGAGAUGAACCUUGACCUCCGAUCCGUGGAAUACGUCGUGUUUGACGAAGCCGACCGACUCUUCGAGAUGGGCUUCGAGACCGCCAUGACCGAGAUCCUCCACCGCCUACCGGCCUCUCGUCAAACUCUGCUUUUUUCGGCCACGUUGCCCAAGUCUCUCGUUGAAUUUGCCAAGGCCGGUCUGCAAGACCCUAAACUUGUCCGACUGGACGCAGAGAGCAAGAUCAGCAGCGAUCUCAAAAUGGCGUUCUUCUCUGUGAAGCAAGCUGAGAAAGACGCGUGCCUGCUGACUCUGUUACGUGACGUGAUUCAGGUCCCUCUAGGGAGCAGCAGCAAUUCCGCGCACGAGGAGCCUACGGACAAGAAAGGGAAGGGCAAGGCGAAAGCUAAGUCUCACGAGAUACAAACUGCACCCCACCAGACGCUUGUCUUCGUCGCGACGAAACACCAUGUCGAGUAUCUCACGACGCUCCUUGCCACAGCCGGCUAUGCCGUCUCCCACAUCUACGGCUCGCUCGACCAGACCGCACGCACGAUUCAAAUGGACCAGUUCCGUCGGGGACAGACGAGCAUCCUAGUCGUCACAGAUGUUGCCGCGCGUGGGAUCGAUAUUCCCGUGCUCGAAAACGUGAUCAACUACGAUUUCCCGCAGGGCGCAAGAGUAUUCGUCCACCGUGUCGGGCGAACGGCGCGUGCGGGUCGACCCGGUUGGGCGUGGUCUUUCGUCACCAACACCGAGUUGCCCUACCUAUUGGACUUGCAACUCUUCCUCGGCAGACCGCUCAAGUCCGAGGUCGACGACGCCGGGGUCGGUGACUCGGUUUAUGCUGAGAACCUGGUUCUGGGCACAUUCCAUCGCGACAAGAUAGACCAGGAAGUCGAGUCCAUCCGGGGUUUGGACGAGAUCAACCACUCACUGUACACCCUUCGCGAAGUGAUGCGGAAGGGUCAAUCAAUGUACGAGCGCUCCAAAGGCAAAGCCAGCCCUGCAUCGUACAAACGCGCGAAAGCGAUGACGAAGGACAUCCCGGGGAAGUGGGGUCUCGCGGGCUCGGCCGAGGCAGGCGUGCAUCCUGUGCUUCUACGGGGGCGAAGCGAAGCCCAGAUGGAGGCGCGCCACACAGAGGACGCAAAGAAGGCGCUGCUGAAGGCGGUUAACUCGUUCAGGCCGGCGGAGACCGUGUUCGAGAUAGGAAAGAAGGGCCAGGGAAGCGGAGAGACGGCGGCGUUAAUGAAGCAGCGGAGGAAAGCGCUGGAGAAGGCGAAGCAGCGAGCCGCGCUCACCUCUACUUCGCAAGCUCUGGUGGAGGGUCAGGAUGAAGGAGAGCAGGAGGACGCGGGCGAAAAUGCAACCAGUAUUGAAAUGGCGGACGAGGAGGAUAUCGAGGCUGUCUUCGGUACGGAGCACAAGAAUCGCGGUAAAGGGUCAUAUCGUGACUCCGAGUACUAUCUGUCGUAUGUCCAGAAGGGCAACGCGGCAGAAAAGGGAUACUCUCUCACAGACGGCGCGUCGUUUGCUGAGCAGGCGCGCAACGCGACCUUUGAUCUCACGGGCGACGAGGGCCUCAAAUCACAGAAGCGACAACAGCUGCGCUGGGACCAGAAGAAAAAGAAGUUUGUGAAAGGCGACGGCGCCGGCGCGGAUAACGUGAAGAUGGUUAAGACCGAGAGCGGGACGAAACUGCCUGCGACCUACCGGAGCGGGCGGUUCGACGAGUGGAAGGCGAAGACGCGGAAUAACCUGCCUCGCGUCGGCGAGAUGGAACAGGAGGGGUCGCGAGCGCGGCGCUCAGGUGGACCAGGCGGGCGCAAGUUCAAGCACAACAAGGUGACGGAGGCGAAGCCGCUCGAUAAAUUGUCUAAGGACUACGAGCGGAAGGUGAAGCAGGUGAAGAGAGCGGAGAAGGGAGAGGAACAGGCAGGGCCGAGUCCGAAGGGGAAAGGCAGAGCCCCAGGGAAGGUGCAAGGCAAAGGCCGCAAUGCUGGCAAGAGCAUGUCGAGGGUCAGGAGCGAACUCAAGAGCGCAGAGCAGAUUCGGAAGGCUCGGAAAGUGCACGAGCAGAAGAAGGCGAAGAAUGCUCGACGCCCUGCCAAGAGAAAAGGCAGGCAUUAA